AUGAGCACGAGCUCAACCCUUCCGGAUGGAGCUCUAACGGAGCGACUAUACGCGUUGAUAUGUGAACGACGCUUUCACGGGGCGGUGGAUCUUAUAAUAAAUCUCCUGCAACGCCUUUCAUACCCUGCUGAGCAGGAGCAGCGGUUUGCACUAUUCCCAGUACUUGCCUAUUGCCUGUACAUGGCAGAGGACUUUGAAUUGGCUGGGGAGGUUUACAGCCAAUUGUUUGAAUCAUUCCCUGGCGUUGAGGAAUAUCAGCUGUACGCGACGUACUGCACAAUCCAGGGCGAGAUAUACGGGCAACAACCUGGUGUCAGCGUUGGGCUUAGAAGCAGGCUAGAAGCAGCAGGCAUUUGUCCGCUAGGCCGUUUCAAGCGAGUCCCUACCCCACCGCCUCACACCGUCUCCAAACAAGUAGCUAACGGAAACACAUCACAGUCCACAAAGUGUGCGCUUACACCAGUCGAGAGAGCGCUUUUCGAGUCAGCAGCCCUCUAUCGACGCGGGAGCUUUGAAGAAGGUCGCACAGUAGCGGCUGCAGCGAGUGCUGAAAAUGGUUGGACUCCGAGUCUAGCUUAUAACGAGGCCUUAUGCGCUUACAAGUUAGGCGAAACAGAGGUAGCAGCGAGGAUUGCUGGAGGAAUUAUUUCCGUCUGCCAAGGAAACCAAACUGAGUUCAUUGCAGGAGGUGGAAAAUCUCAUCAGAAGCUGUCGGCUCAAAAAAACAUCCUAACAGGGCAUUCGGACAAUCAAUCUACCACUUGGAGAGCUCUGGCGGCAGCUGCAAAUCUCUGUUGCGCCGUGGAUAUGCUUGAAACUGGUCAUUCUGCAAAUGAGCAUUUGCUUUUGAUGUCAAGUACCUUGGCGAAUAAGGCAACCUACGGACCCGACUACGUGACUCUUCAUAACCAAGCUCUAGCCCUUGCUGGAUCCGAUCCAGCAGAGUGUAUGAGAUUGCUUGCAAAGCUUCUUGAUGAGGGCUCCUUUCCGGAAACAACUGUUGCAAACCUUCUGAUUCUCUACUGCAAAUAUGGACAGUUCGAAGCAGCCGAAAAACUUGUGGCUUCAUUCGGUGGGCCUACCCUUGGUGAUCUUGAAGAAUGUGAAGCAGAGUUUUUGCGGAGCUGGAUGCUGAGAUCGCCCUCAUGCUCUACAAGCUCAACCAAAAUGAUUGCGUUAACUGCAUCUCGAGAAUGCGUCCAAAGUCUGACCCCUGAUUCACUGGGGCUGACUGGGUGCGAUAAUCCAAAACCACCCAACGGGAAGGAUAUUGGGUUGCUGCCAAAUGAUUUUCUACAGGCUUCUCGUGUUUUGAACGCAAGUGAGCAAUGCAAACUUCGAAGUGCCUUCACUUCACCUGGAUGGGAGGAUUCCAUUCCAUAUUGCUCCGUUGCAAAGCUAAUCGUCGGCACUCUGUACUGUGCUGAGAAAGCUUACGAUUAUGGCGUGAGGACCGUUUUGGAGGCCUUAUAUCCACUAGAGAGAGCUCUCAACCAGGACACAUGGGGGCACUGUAAGGCCUGCGUUGGAUCACUUCUGACCGAUGCGGCAUUAGGAAACUUUAUCUUGGAUCAUCAGCUUAAGCAGAGCAUUGCAGCAGUUUUGCGGCAAAUCGAAAACAAAGCAGGGAGUUUCACGUACCUCGCGGGAAGGCAAGAAAUUAUAAGCGAGGCGCGGGCACUUCGAACAGCUCUAUCGCUAUUCGCAUUGGUAUAG